CUGGGUAGAGACAGGGUCUCUCCGCCUUAGAGGAGGGGCAGGAAAGGCGAGAAGCGGUUCUGUUUUCUGAUUGGCUGAAUGCUUCGUGACAGUUGGGGCGCGAAAAGCUGUUGACAAUUCGAGGCUGUGGUGGGAAUUACGUUUUCCUCAGAUUCGAGGCAAGGACAAACAUAUUGGAAGGAAAGGAAGAAUCCAAGGCGUGCCAGAAGAUUCUGGAAAUAAGCUAAGGAAGCGAGUUUAUGGAUCCCGUGAACUGUCCCAGUGCUCUGAAAGACCUCUGAAUAUGGAAGGACCCUUGAAGCUAAGACUAGCUAACUCCAGUGACUUCCAGUUUGGAGCGGUUGCCACAGAGACCAUCGAGAACGCUCUGCUUCACUUGGCCCAGCAGAAUGAGCAAGCCGUGAAGGAGGCUGCGGGACGGAUGGGCAGCUUCAGGGAGACCCGGAUCGUGGAGUUUGUGUUUCUCCUGUCUGAACAAUGGUGUCUGGAGAAAUCUGUGAGCUACCAGGCCGUAGAAAUCCUAGAAAGGUUUAUGGUGAAACAGGCAGAGAACAUCUGUCAGCAAGCCACAAUCCAGCAGAGAAAUACUAAGACAGAAUUGCAGAACUGGAGGGCUCUGAAAGAGCAGCUUUUCAACAAGUUUAUCCUCCGUUUGGUGUCAUGUGUUCAGCUGGCCAGCAAAUUGUCUUUCCACUACAAAAUAGUCAGCAACAUUACAGUCCUGAACUUCCUCCAGGCUCUCGGUUAUAUAUGCACCAAAGAAGAACUGUUAGAGUCAGAGCUGGAUGUGCUGAAGUCCCUGAACUUCCAGAUAAAUCUGCCCACUCCUCUGGCAUAUGUGGAGAUGCUCCUUGAAGUUCUAGGGUACAAUGGCUGUUUGGUCCCAGCCACACAACUACAUGCAACUUGUCUGACCCUCCUCGACUUGGUCUAUCUCCUGCAUGAACCCAUCUAUGAGAGCCUGUUGAGGGCUUCAAUUGAGAAUUCUACACCCAGUCAGCUGCAAGGGGAAAAGUUUAUCUCUGUGAAGGAAGACUUCAUGCUGUUGGCAGUUGGAAUCAUUGCAGCAAGUGCUUUCAUCCAAAACCAUGAAUGCUGGAGCCAGGUUGUUGGGCAUCUGCAGAGCAUCACCGGCAUUGCCUCGGAGAGCAUUGCUCAGUUCUCUUACGCAAUCCUGACUCACAGUGUGGGAACAAACACUCCUGGGCAACAGCAGCCUACUCCCCACAAGGCAGCCAGAGCUCUGAGAACUACUGCUUCCUCUAACACAUGAGGCUGGCUAAGCCCCAGACACACAGCCUUUGUCACUGUAGUCUCCUUCUCUUUGUUUACUUUCAUACUCAGGGUACAAAAGUUCCAGGUUUCCUUUGAACAGUAUUUUGUAUUACAAUUUCAGGCACUUUUUUCUACAUCAGAGAUAGUUAUGGUGAACAAAUAUGUCAACUUGUGUCAUGGCAGGCUAAAAACAUCAAAGAAUUGGAGAGAGUUAGAUUUUGUUUCAUUUGUUCAUUUUUGUUUGACCUUUACUUUUUCCUAAUUUAAUCAGAUUAAAAGGGAACAUCAGAUAUACAGACUUCUGAAUGACCUUGACUGAGUGCCUUGGAAGUAGCCUUUCUCCACUUGCUCCACUACAGCUGUUUGUUUUUUUGUUUUUUGUUUUCUCGAGACAAGAUCUCACUAUUUGUCCUUGUCUGACUUGUAACUCACUAUACACACCAGGCUGAGCUGGAAUUCAGAGAUCCACUUGCCUCUGCCUCCUGAGUUCUGGGAUUAAGUAUCAUGCCUGGCUUACUGUUCUACUUUGUUUUUUAAACUAAAACACGUUUCAACAGAAUUUCUACAAAACUGACUGGAACUCAAUUCUCCCAGAAUACAAAAUACUCAAUUCUAAAGAAAAACUUACCAUCACACCUCCUGGUAAUUAACAGACCAUAGCAAAUCCUUUAUUACAAAUAAUUAAAUCUCUCCAUGUCUCAAACAGUAUCAAACACCAUUUUGUAAUUCUAACAGAUAACAGUAGGCAUUCAAUACUGAACUGCGUGAGGAAAGAGAGACUCCCAGCUUCUGACCUGGUGUCCUUCCCCACAUCACCCCACUGUGUGCACUAACAUCAUCUCAGAACUCAUCUGUUCUUUAUUUUAAGUGCAGGAAGUUGAGAGAGAUAAAAUCCAGUGAAAACACAUUAAUGUCAAUUCAACUAACUUAAAAAAACAAAGCAAAUUUAAAUUAGUUGUUUUCAGGGGAAAGAGGGAAAGGAAAGCAUGGGGUUGAGUCAAAACAGGGCUGUUUGCUGUACACUGUGUUUUGCAGCUCUGGAAACGAUCUGUCAUACGAUAUUUUAAAAUAAAGUGGCUUUUGUCUCUUUUGGUAUUGUAAA